GUAUAACAGCAUUAGAAAUGGCGGAGGGGAAGCCCCCUUAUGGUGACAUUCACCCUAUGCGUGCCAUAUUCAUGAUCCCCACUAAGCCACCGCCAUCAUUCCGAGAGCCCGACCAGUGGCAACCCGAGUUCAUUGACUUCGUGUCCAGAUGUCUAGUGAAGAACCCCGAGGAGAGAGCGACGGCAUCCAAGCUCCUCCAACAUCAGUUCAUCCGUGGUGCUCAGCCGGCCAGCAUUCUAAGGAACAUGCUGGAGGAGGCAAUGGAGAUCCGUGAGAACCAGAAUUCCAACCGGCAGAACCAAAUCAAGCAUAUCACGGAAUCGUUGUCGCAACAGCAGUCCCCUCAGCUCCAAUUGCCGGGGAUGAGCACACAAGCUGAGCAAGACAACAAAAACAAUGAGCACAACCAAACCCACCAUCAGCACCACCCCAACCUGGCUAAUAAUGAGAUCCAGGAAAUCAUUGAUGUCAAGGACGACGAUGAAGUGGACAGUCGGACGAUGGUCAGGUAUAGUGCCGGUGGGGGUGACAGUGGCACCUUGCGCCCCGCCAACAAUGAGGGCACUCUGAUGGCGCCCCUGCAGUCUGGUGGCACUCUCGUCUCACCAGUAGACUCAGCGACGCUCUCCUCAGACCUCGGGACAAUGGUCAUCAACUCUGACAAUGAAGAUGAAGACGAGGACUCCACGAUGAAGAGGCAUGACACCGCUCCUGGUGAGCAGAGCAAGAAAUACAGGCCUUUGUUCCUUGACCAUUUCGAUAAAAAAGAACAAGAAAAGAGGGCAAGAAGUAAAGGUUCGAAGGAUAACUCUCCGCUGGAGCAGUUGGCGCCGCAGCAAUAUGUUGGGACGGGCCGACCUAUUGUUACACAACAGCACCCGACGUCACAAUCAUCGCAGUUGCCUUUAGAAGAAAAACAAUUACUACAACAGCCUCAGCACUCACAGCAGCAGCAACCACAGCCCAGCACAGUGCAUCACCAACAGCAUCAACAACAACAACAAAUACAGCUACAACAACAACAGCAACAGGUGCAAAACAGCCAGGCCUUCGAGGACCAGCAAGGUGGAGACGGCACAAUGGUUUACUCUCCAACGGCGCUAAUACACUCGCAGCCGAAGCCCAUGUCGGCCGAGGAGCAACAGAAGUUCGAGUGCUCAAAUUUGGAAGAAGAACAAAAUAAUCUGCAGAGACAGUUAGUUCAGAUGAACAAACCAGCCAAUCACCAGCCACUGCCAUCUCGAGGUGUUGCAGCCGAGAAUCAACCCAAGUUCCAGAGAUCCUUCAUUGAUGGCGACUUUGAUUUUCUCAAAAACCUGACUUAUGAAGAAUUACAUCAGCGGAUGGCUACUCUAGACCAAGAAAUGGAACGGGAAAUUGAUGAGUUACGUCAACGCUAUCAUGCUAAACGACAACCUAUCCUUGAUGCUAUGGACCAGAAAAGGAAGAGACAGCAGAAUUUCUAGCAGAAUUGUGCUCUUUAUAUCUUUUAUAAUAUGACAUGUGCCGUAAACUUUUAAAAGAUGUAAAUUUGAAAAUGAUAUUCGACUCGCCAAGAGAGUGGAUACACAUAACAAGUUAAAGUUAAGAUGAUGAUGGUGGCUAAGAAGUUGGGAGAAAUACCAAACACAGAUGCCAAGCAUAUCUGCCUGAUAUGAGGUCACUGUGCAAUGUGUGCCAUUUGAUUCAUAUCCCUGCUUAGUGCAAGCACUGCCUGUCGUAAGAAAAUGAAUGAGUUCAACAGAAGUCAUUCAAAUGAUCUGACCUUGAUGUCCAAAGGAGGACUGGGAGUGCACCGGUUGCCAAUUAUACUAAAGAUUGCUUGUGGAUCGUCAUCAGCCAUUAGUAUGGAAAGAUGAGUGCUGCCUGCCCAUGGCCAGCAUGAGAUGGUUAAACUUACUUGAUAUGUGAAAAUAUAAAAAGCGUAAUUGUUUUGUGGACGAGAUACUCACGGACUUGCUCGUUGUGACCCCAAGCUGUGAGCUGACCAUCCGAGCAGGGCGUUGCUGGUCAUCACUCCUAGAGAGCUCAAGAUUUGUCAUGUUUAUAUGAAUUUUUUCAUUCAUUUGCCUUCCUUGAUUAAUGCUACAUAUAUAUCUGUGAACCUCAUGGUCUAGAAAGCAAAGAAGUGGCUGUCAGACUUAAUUAAAGACAUAUUGUGAGGAAAUAUUUUGAGAAAUGGUAGUGUAAUAUAAUUUUUUUGUUUGCUAUUAAACAUCUGAUUCAUGUCUUCCUGUCUUGUUUAAUAGGCAGUGCAGAGGUUGCCUACCUGCCAGGCCAUGCAUUCAGUGCCUAUUCACUGUUGUGUGGAUGGUCCCUGUACAUGGCUGUUUUGAGUUCUCUGCACAGCUUUGUAUCUGGAACUGUACGCAGCAGCAUGCCCCAUCUCAGCCCAAAGCUUUUGUUUAGGCUGUACAUUACUGUGUUGUGAUGUUUGGGCAGAGCUGUGUGGGUAGUCUCUGCAUGCAGGUUUGUCUGUGGGCGCCAAACACUGCCAUAACUCUCACGCUGGGAGGCUCGUGCCAAGCUUCUCUUCCAUCUGAUUUUUCUACAGGUUUUGACUACACUGUUUGCAGUGUUGAAUAUUGUAGUUUGUACUUAUUCCUUUUUGGUGUUCAUUUUAUAUGCUGUGGUGAGAGGGAGAGAGCAAGAGAGAGCGUAAGAGAAGAAAAAGGUUCAACUGUCCAUAUUCAGAGAUAAUUUAUGCAUUCAGAUAAGGUUUUCCAGUCAUUAGUUGUAAGUUUUAUUGUAGAUCCUCAAUUUGUUUGCCAAAAUCUGAUCAUCCAUGAAGAAGAGGAAGAAGGAAAGUCUUGGAAGUCUUGGUGCAUAAGAGGUGACUGCACGCUGGCCGUCAGCUUCUUCAGCCAGACGAGAAACCCUGGAACAACAUUUGUGGUGUGGAUGUUGCCAUAUCUCUAACUUGUAUCUGAAUGUACAUAAUUAUUCUUUCUUUUUUAUGACUUCUGAAAAAGAGAAACGAAAAAACUUAGGGAGUGAAUUGACUUUCAUACAUAUCUUGAGAUGGCCUUAAUGCUGGGGUCCGACUGAACGUUUAAAGGCUUGCACGUAAGUUCAAAAAGUUUUGUCGAGAAAGAGGGCAUUAGUGAUGGUCUGAUCCUUGUGUAGUUAGAGCAGGAAUGUGGAUGAUGAUGUGACAGUAUGUACUAUUACAGCUUUUAAACUAUGAUGCAUUCCUUUCUUUUCAUGUUCACGUAUUGCAUUUUACAUUUUUUACUGUAGGCCCUUCCCCCCCUUUUUUUUUUUUUUAAAUCCUAGAUAGGUUAAUGUAACCAAUAACUGUGCUAAUAGAAUGUUUUUUUUUUUUCUCAUUUUAUCAUACUAAUUUGAGUAUUUUAUUUUUGUCUGUGGUAUUCACCUCUCUUUUCAUGUAUAGAUGACUGUACAGCAUCCUCUCGUUUAUUUAUUAACUGGACAGGUAUCCUUAUUCUAUCUUUUUCUUUGUCUUUCUUUUCCUUUUUGUGCAAAACUUAUUUUAACCCACACUUUUCAAGGAUUGCACGAAAGCACCUCAAAAGCUGGUGAUGGUUUAUGGUGUCACAGAUGUAAAGCUAGAGAUGUGUUAGUUUGCAGGUGACGACUGAUCCUUUGUAACUUCUAGUCAGGUAAGGAAUCACUCGCCAAUUCAGGCUUAACCCGGAGGAGAGGAGAACAGAACAAGAGUUUCUUGAUUGAGUGAUUUGUCAUGUUUCUGCCAUUUAUCAUUGUUAUUAUUAUUUUUUUUUCUUUUCUGUAAGGAACGAAUAACAAAACCCAAAACCAAAAAAGAGGAAAAAAAAAAAAGUGCCAGGUAGCAUCUGUGAUCUGUGACGUCUCUCGGCACAGACUUCACAUGUGCGCAGUGUAGUGUCAUUGUGUAGCGAACCGCAUUUUCCUUUUAAGCCAAGUGGCCACAGAGGCUGGCGUCAAUCGCUCUGCAAAACUGAUGCAACUUGUUUUUUAUACAUGUAUGUGUGUAUGGUCUUUAUCAUUAUUGUAUGAAUAAUUGUUGUGAUUGAUGAUGAUGAUAUUAUUAUUAUUAUUAUUAUUAUUAUUAUUAUUAUUAUUAUUAUUAUUAUUAUUAUUAUUAUUAUUAUUAUUAUUAUUAUUAUUGUUAUAGUUAUUGUUAUUAUUAUUUUCAUAAUUAUUAUUAUUUUCAUUAAUAUCAUUACUCUUAUAACAAUUAUUUUUUUCAGUAUUUAAUGAUUAUUUUAUGCAUUUUAAAAAUUUGUUUAUUAAUAUUGUUUUAAAACAGAUUUAGAAGAUCUUUGUGAUAAUGUAAUAACAUUUUUACAAGUGAUGUACAUAAUUUGAUUAUAUGAUUUCAAUAGGUCCAAAAAAUCAUAUGAUAUUUGAUAUAAAAUUACAGGCUCA